AUGGCUUCUCUCCUUAUCGGCUUUACUAUCUGCUUUUCAGUUGGACUCCUGCUGAGCGUGGUGCUCAUAUAUCGCGAUGCCCAGCCUUACAAAACGAAUGGGACACACGAGAGGUUAGGGCACUCUUUCUUCUGGGAGAGAGUUCUGGCAACUUUUUUCGGCUUUUCCCACGCAGGUGUGUCCAUAGCUGGUAUAACUGCAAUCGGAUUCGCACUUGGCUCAAAAGGCGACAUGUACUGGGUCGACAUGGCUGUACGAUGCAACCUCCAGGUUCUCACCGGCACGAAUUCUUCGCCAGGGGAUUUUUCUGAACCUCUCAUGAAGCGAACCGUCCAUCACUGUCGCUUCGCUGACCGUAAUAAGCCCCGCAUUCACCCUUCCACGUUUUCCGUCAUAAACACCCGUAUGCCGGUCUUCCAUCGACCUCAGCCAUCAUCAAAUGGUAACAUGCGACGCGGCGGCACUUCCCACCCAUAUGGCCUCGCCUGCUAG